AUGGUGCUUGGAGAGCACAAGAUAACUUUUCUGGACAGGGGGUGGUUCUACAAGAAAAAUAGAUCGACCGAGAAGUUGAUGGGAGCUAUGAACCUCCGAAGAAGCCUAUCUGCUUUGCAUGCCGAAUGUGAGGCGUUGAUUUGGGCUAUGGAGUGCAUGAAGACUCUUAACUUCUCAGACGUGGUAUUCGCUACAGACUGUUCUCAACUGGUGAAGAUGGUGUCCUCACCUGGAGAGUGGCCAGUUUUUGCUACACAUUUGGAGGAGUUCCAGCGCAGUAAGAUUUUCUUUCCUUCCUUCAAGAUUCGACAUAUUCCAAGGACGCAUAACUCAGUGGCGGACAAGCUAGCACGCGGUGCCAGAUGUUCCCCUUCUGCUAUGUUUUAUGUCGAUUCUAUGCCUCCAGUUUGGUUCCACGAAUCAACUGAGCAUAGAUCAUAG